AGAGUCAAAGGAGGCAAUGGAGCACAGCGUCAUCCGUCUGAGCCACUGUCAGAAGGAGAUCUUCUGUUUCUCCGUUCCAGAGGAGUGCCCAAAUUGUGGGGAGGAGCUCAGGAGGAGCAGGCUGCAGGAGGCCCCCGUCAGCCUGCCUUCCCCUUUCUCCAAUGGACACAAGAGCUCCUGCUGCUUGCUGGUGGCUCCUGCACACGACAACCACCACAGAGAUUUUAAUGGGACUUCUGAUCUUCACACUGGCAUCUCCAACACGACAGGUGUUGUGUACAACUACACUCAGGAUGGCGUGCGGCGCGAUCAAAGUGGGUGGGAACGCUGCAUCAGUGUCCCUCUGGUCCGACCUGACAUGUUCCACCUGCUGGCUCAAUGGGAUCAGUACCUGGAGCGGUUUUCUGAUGGACCCAUGUGGGACCCUGUGUGGCACAGGUUUCACGAGGACGACCAUAACUGCUUCAGCUUCUGUCUCCAGUUCCUGAACAGCGUCCUGACGGCAGAGGGACACGAUGUCCUCAGCAGAGAGGACUUCACUCGCUGCUUUGUCCUGCCCAGAAUGAGGAGGGUGUCCAAAUACACCACUUUGUGCCAGCACAUCCAGAAGCACCAGUACUACAUGGUGGACCGACAAGAGGACACUCAGGGAGACAGACAGGAGGACGCUUGGGGAGACAGACAGGAGGACACAGUCCCCACUAGUUUAAUUGGUUCUAGAACCAGUUAAACCAACCAUUUGCCUUUAAACCAACAAAACCUCGAGUUAAACUGAUGUAAACCAGCAGUUACAGGGUGUGAACACAGUUAAACCACUAAUUACACCAGCCUCUUGC